AUGCUGUCCGCGGUUCUUCUCUCGCUGUGCUUCUCCCCAGCCAUCCUUGCGGCCUCGGGCUCGCGCGCGGAGCGGAAGGACGUGUACAAUAGGCUCGGGAACCUCUCGCCGUACCACAAGGCGCCUGCCGUGCCUGGCAUCGAGAGCGCGCUUCCAAACGACUGCACCGUCGAGCAGGUCAUGCUGAUGCAACGCCACGGCUCGCGCUGGCCGCUGGCCUCCGAGCUGGUCUACAUCCAGAACCUGUCGUACAAGCUCGGGAACGCGUCCGACGCGGUGCAGAAGGCCGACCUGCCCCAGAGCCUGCAGUUCCUCAAGGCGGGAUACACGACCCAGCUCGGACACGACAACCUCACCGCGCCGGGGCGGAAGCAGCUCUUUGACCACGGCGUUGACUUCCUGCUGGACUACCCGCACCUGCACACGGACACGAUCGUCGCAGGCGGGCAGGACCGCGUGAUCGAGUCCGCCGAGUGGUUCGCGAAGGGCUACUUUGGGCGGUACUACCCCAACAGCCCGCCGGUGAACUUCACGACAGUGCCCGAGGACAGCAAGACGGUGUCGUGGAUCACGCCGAUGGACACGUGUAGCGAAUGGGACUACGACUACGGUGGCAACGCCACGAUUGAGUGGGGCACCGUCUAUCUCCCGCCGAUCACGAAGCGGCUGAGCGGGUAUUUGCCGGGGGUUAACAUCACGGACGAUGAUACGCACGGAGCGCUGUACGCGUGCGCGUACGAUCUCGCUGCGUAUGGCGUGUCUCCAUGGUGCAACUUCUUUACGCACGAUGAGAUAUACAACUUCGAAUACGAACUCGACCUUCUCAUGGACGGAGCCUUCGGCUAUGGCCUCCCCGGUCAGAUGGGGCCCAUACUUGGAACUCUCUACGUUAACAAGCUGAUUGAACGUUUCUCAAACAAGACCGGUGACGCCGAGGAACUCUACUUGGAGUUUGGUCAUGACACCACGAUUGAUCAGGCGCUCACGGCGCUUGGCCUCGCAAAGGACACACCACCGCUAUCUGCCAAGGGUCCUGUCAACCCCAAUCGCGAAUGGCGGACAUCUGAGCAGGUUCCAUUCGCUGCGAAGAUGAUCUGGGAGAAAUUCACUUGCUCGAAAUCAUUGAAUGGCACAAGUCAAAUUCGGCUGUUGCUGAACGGUGAGACGUUCCCCUUGACAAUGUGCUCCAAUACGGCGGAGGACAGGCGAUUCGGCACGUGUGCGUUCGAGGAAUUUGUCAGGGCGAACGCGUUCAGCACGAAUACGUCGUACGGCGACGCGGCCUGGAAUGCGACGUGUGGACCCGCGACGGUACCGGUUCAGGCUUAG